CAUCCCUAUCCGAUACAUGACAACAAACUACGCCUACGCCGGCAAAAUUAAGCGACACCGCCACGGAAAUAGAAAAUAACACAUUCCUUUGAAAAAUCAAGCUUUUAACUAUUUACUAAUCAUGAUCGAGACACUGUACAACCUGCCCUUUCAUAUCCUGGUGCCACCAAACAUCAAAGUACGGAGAUUUAGCAUUCCAAUGCCUUCGCCAAUGGCUGUAUUCAGUGUAAUUUUGUUUUCCUAUUUUCUGGUGACAGGAGGUAUCAUCUACGACGUGAUUGUGGAGCCACCAAGUGUGGGAGCCACUGUGGAUGAGCAUGGGCACUCGCGUCCAGUUGCAUUUAUGCCUUAUCGCGUGAACGGUCAAUACAUCAUGGAGGGAUUAGCUAGCAGCUUCCUGUUCACAGUCGGCGGACUGGGAUUCAUCAUCAUGGAUCAAACGCACUCUCCGGGAAAGACGAACCUCAACCGCCUGUUGCUGACCGCCAUGGGGUUCAUUUUCAUCCUGGUCUCCUUCUUCACCACCUGGCUUUUUAUGCGCAUGAAGCUGCCCAGCUACCUGCAGCCCUAGAAUCUCUACUAAAGUGGACAAGGAACUCUCUCUAAAAACAGAAUAUUGCAAAAUCAACUGUUUUCAUAAAUAUUUCCAGUCUCAAAUCACUUUAAGUGGAAGGAAAAUAAUCAAAGGCAUUCCUAAAACUGUUUAUGAAAUUGGUCUACAUAUUGUAAACAAAAAUAUGCAGAUGCAGUACCUCCUUGUGCACUGAAAGUAAUUUUAACGAUCCAGUUUCAGGAAACCCAUUGAUUUCUCACCAUUCCAAUCAUGUCAAAUAAACAAUAUAUUUAUAUGUAAAAGUAUUUAAAUGUAUUAAAAAAUGUACCAAUCUCUAGAUGAAAA